GCAUCCACAUCCACAAAGUCACGAUGCCUCGCCAGCCAAUCAUGGCACCUCUGAGUUAGCUUCUCUGGUGCCCAAGCCAUUUCGGAAUGGCGGUGAACACCAUACUCAGGGAUCACGGUCCGAUAAUCGCCAGGGUUCUCUAAAAACAGAGCUCAUGGUUGUAAGCUUGACUCAGCGGAGCGUCGACACAGGCGGCGGAGAACGUGGCUGCGAAUUUUUCGCUACGAUAUUGUGUGCUUUGUGGUCGAUUCCUCACAGCACGAUGCUCUCAAACUCUAGAGUUUUGUGUUGCAGACGCGUCUAUAAAGACAAUCGUCUCCCGCAGCCCCCUAAGAAGAGAAACGCCAGCAGACAUUGACCUCUCACACCCGAGACCACUCACUCAGGUAGCAUCUUGCCUCAACCCGCCGCUUCUUGCACUCUCCUUCCCAGCCCGAAGUCGUCCAGCCCCCUCAAUCUUUCAACAUGCGCUACCAAGCUGCUACUGGAGCUGCCGUCCUUGCGGGCUUCACUAUGCUUCAGAGCUGCCCUGCUCCCGUGUGGCAGCUGGUGCCCGCCAUCGCCGGCAUCGUCGCUGGUGCCCUUGAGAUCACCGUCAGCGAGAUCGGCAAGCGGGACGUCGACGGGGAGGAAUUCAACGUCGAGACCGUCGUGGCGACCGACAUCAAGCCCGACACCCUCAACGCCCGCGCCAAGUACUGCAUGCCCGUCCCCAAGGGCGUCCCCGAGAACGUCAUCUCCAACUGCUGCAACUCGCUCCGGAACGCGCACAUCAAGAUCACCGGCAAGAAUCCCAAGUCUGGCAUCAAGAUUACUGGCAUCCCUUACCCUUGCAUCUCGGCUGCCCCGUGGUUUGACGGAGUUGGCGCUGUCCCCUUCGCCUGCGGCAGCGACUGCCUUCAGUAUGCAGACCUGACCAACGCCGAGUACAACCAAGUCAGGAAGGCUUUCCUCGACAAGGCCAAGAAGUAAGGCGUGCUAUCGUCUUUCUCAAGCUCAAAACACACGCGCUGUUGGCAAGAUGGUGGGAGUGAUCAAGGGUCGCGAGAGGGUCUCCUCGUCGUGUCGGCCGUAGAUAUUAGUUUCCAUUCUAUGCUGAAUGUCCUCAUCGGUCCCGAAAGUACAUACUAGAGGGGGAUCGGAGCAUUUAACUGUCUUAAUAUAUCAACAAGUUUCUCGGCCGAGACUAAAUAUUCCAUAUCGGAAUGUACCGUGUAAGCUGCUAACUAGAGCCCUUUUCUCA